AUGGAGGUAGUGCCAUGUGAAGCAGGCAGUGGCCAGAUGGAUGAACCUGAAGACACAAACCUGGAAGUGUCAAACAGCCAUAUAGAUGAGACCAGCGCUAUAGGCACACAUGGUCAACUCAUAGACACAACAAGAGGGGAUCCACAUCUAUUUGAACCUGACAGCAAGACUUUUGAUCUCGCAAUCAAUUCUACCAAUCUCAACAAUGCCCAUGUCAUCAAAACUACUUCACAAAUGCCUGUCGAACACAAUCAGCAUAUUCAGACAUGCGGUGACCCCAUUGCUAAUGUACCUGACCCUCCACACAUUCACACUGUGGUGCCGAACCCAUUUGUUCAACAAUCAGAUCAAAUCUGCAGUGGCAUGGAUGCAGAGUGCAAGUUAGCACCAGCACAAACAUUUGUUAAUGGAGAAAUUACCAUACCACAUCCUCAUGAAGCCCAAACAACCCCUUCGGACCAGGGAGUGCCUGCUGACAAGCCGAAACCACUCGAGGAUUGGCAAGAGGCUGCAUGGCUCCCACCUGGGCGAGAUCGCAUGCAGAUGGUUUGA